AUGCUCCUCUCCUCCUCCUUUGCAGCGCUCGCGGCUCUCGCCCUCGUCCCCAGUGGCGCAGUGGCAGAGUUCGUCGUCCACAACGUCAAGCCUCUUGUCUAUGCGCGUCUCGACCCCAUCGCAGCGCCGGGCAAGGUCGCUCCCCACGUCCACAUUCUGCAGGGUGCCUCCAACCUUCGUGAGGUCCUCAACACGCCCGAGGAGCAGCAGAACGCCGACUGCACCUCGGCCAUCAUCCAGGGCGACAACUCCAACUACUGGCAGCCGGUGCUCUACUUCAUCAACAAGGACAACAAGUACGAGGCCAUCCCGCACGGCAACACGCGCGUCUACUACCGCACCGACUCGAACUCGAUGCGCAACCAGCCCUUCCCUCAGGGCCUGCGCAUGAUUUCCGGUACCGCCAUGUCCCGUGACCUCUCGGACCGCCGCACGAUGGGUAUCUCGAUCCAGACCAACGUCAAGGAGCUCGGCGCGUGGCUCCCCAACUCGACCAACCACCCCGAGCCGUACAACAACGUGCGCCUCACCGUCGCCUUCCCGUCGUGCGGCAAGGCCGACCAGACCCUCGACUCGCCCAACCACUUUGACCACAUGACCUGGCCCAUCUUCCGCGGUGGCGGCCUCGAGCGCGAGAACUACUACGGCGGCUUCUGCCCCGACUCGCACCCCAUCAAGUACCCCCAGCUUCUCUACGAAAUCGUCUACUACCUGUACCCCGAGCAGACUCCCGACCCGAAGAAGAAGUACAACGUCAUCCUCUCCAACGGCGACGUUACCGGCAACUCGCUCCACGCCGACUUUGUCGCGGGCUGGGACGCUGCUCAGCUCGCCCAGGCCGUCGCCUACGACCGUCUCGAGCCCCAGCGCCCCUGCAACGUCGGCAUGUCCAUUGAGAAGUGCCCUCCGUUCGCGUCGCCCGCCAUCAACAACAUUGACAAGGCCAUGGCCUGCCGCUUCUCGGGCCAGGUCCCCGCCGAGGAGGUCGGUCUCUUCCGCCCCAUCGACCAGCUGCCCGGCUGCAACCCCGUCUGGGCGCCCGAGAACGGUCUCAACAAGCCCACCAACUGCCCGUGGUUCAAGGGCGACCCCGGAUUCGUCGGCCCCAAUGCUUGGUGGCAGAAGGUCUGGGGCGACCAGUCGUACCCCAUUGUUGCGCUCGACACGCCUGACAACCAGGACUGGAACAACGGUAUCGCCUCCAAGAUCUUCAGCUCGGGCCGCAUGGGACGCUGGGGCACCUCGCCCGGCGGCGGCAACAACGACAAGGUCAUGGUCGGCUCGGCCAACGACAUCAACGCCAACAAGAACGGCCCCGGCCAGCGCAACGCCCGCGUCAACGGCAUGAAGAACUCGUGCGCCUACAACGGCAUGUACCCCCCUACCCAGUGCAUCCCCCGCAAGGACCAGUGGCAGACCUACGGCGUCAACAACGCCGCCCCGACCUACACUGCCAACUCGAUCGCGGCCAUCUGCGGUGCCACCAACUCGCACGGCCCCGUCCAGCCCUCGGACAAGUACAUCAAGGGCCCUGCCCCCAUCAUCACCACCGCUGCCAACUGUGGCGCCUUCCCCUCGCCCGCUCCUCCCAAGAAGCGUGAGCACGUCCAUCGCGAGCACUUUGGCUCGGAGCAGGCCUCGGGCCCCACUGCUGCCCCCACCCCUGCGCCUACCCCCACCAACUAA